AUGGACAAUCCUAGAACAGACCUUGAUCCAAAACCCAGCACAGCAGCGGCACGGAGGACUCGAUUUAUAGAUCCACCCCGAGGAACACUUCUUAAUCCAGAUGUCAGUGCCGAUAUCAAAGCUCAACGUCUAUCCAUCUAUGGCCAUCGCUUAAUGUCGAAUCGAGAUCUCCGUGUGGUUGAGGUUGCAGAAAUAAUGAUGGACUGGGCCUCAGAUGACAACCAACCGGAUCUCGUGCGUGAGGGCUUCCCACUUAACGGCGUAGUAGGACUCAACCUAGUCAUCAAUGACUUCGAUGAUGUAUUAAGGCGCUACACAAGAGACUCGGAAGUUGCUUUCAACCUCUUCGCACAUGAAUGGAAAUGGCGUCCCCCGGUUCUUCGAUCAUUCACGCCCAUGGAAGUCGGACGCUGGGAGAUGGAAAUCUACAACAUUUUCUACAACUAUUGCUUACGCCCUGUGGAGUUCGAGGGCCACGCAAUGAAUCAAUUCAUAGCCUGGCUCUGUUCCAGCGACAGCGUACCAAGGGACAUGCGCAUUGAGGUCGAAAGAGCGCGUCUCGGUCGCUGCGGAGGGAUCAAAUACUCUGACCUUUUGGCAUACGUCAAGGCAAUGGUUGACCAACAACCAGAGGAAGUUCAACGCAAGAAGAGACUCUUACAAUUCUUCGCCAACAGCGAGCCACCUAGACUUGGAGCCAUCAGUCCUGAAGCUUUCGCUAGAUACAGACGGGAUAUCAUCAAGCUUACUCAAACAAAUCGGGACAUCCUCGUACUGUGGGAUGCGCAGUUUGCGUCCUGGCUCAAAAGAGGGUUACAAGGGUUUCCUAAACUUGUCUCGUCGAUCGAGCGUCGGGCGUUUGAAUUGGCCAUACGACUUGACGAACACAGGCCUCCUUCAUGUAAAGACGUCCACUUCAUGUUCGGCGAUCUCUUGGUUGUGAUCGACAAUUAUAUCAUCCAUGAACACGAACUCCAGACUGAAAUCAGACCAGGAUCACUGACCGAACAGUCAGAUGACGAAGUUGAGCUUGAGGAUAUGAUCAAUGAGAUCUUGCACAACGAAAGAGAAAUUCAUCAUCAGAGAGCUGAAAUCCGAAGAAAGCAGGCUGAGAAUAGAGGGACGGUUGAGGAUGACAGACGUCUCUAUUUGCUUGGUCAGAAGGGACUCAAGUGUGUCAAGAUGUUGAACGAGCUUCAGCAAGCACAGAGAAGAAGAAAGAUCAAGUUCGAGCAACAAGCUAUGCAGCGCAACAGGGUGUCCAUGUUUUCUUUGAUAAGAAAGCCCAACGCUCAAGAUAUCGAAGCGCAGAGAGCUGCAUUGCGAGAGGUUAUCGCACCUCAACAACACUGCACAAGCACGCCCAAUCACAGGCCAUUCUAUCUUCAUGCAUCCAACGCAAAGCCAGCUGGAGCUAGCCAUGAUCCUGAACAUGAACGUCAGCAAAGAUGUCGUAUGGCAGAAAUCCGGCGACAGAGACUGACUCGAAGAACGAGAUGA